UCGGGGCAGCGGGGGCGGUAUUGCACUCGCUCUAUCUGAGUCACGAAAAGAGAGUCGAGCCGGAAGGCAAAGCUCUCGAUCUACCGGUCAAUUUUUGUUCCUACCCUCACCUAUGGUCAUGAAAGCUGGGUCAUGACCGAAAGAAGAAGGUCGCGAGUAAAAGCGGCCGAAAUGGGCUUCCUCAGAAGGGUGGCGGGCUUCUCCCCUAGAGAUAGGGUGAGGAGCUCAGUCAUCCGUGAGGAGCUCGGAGUAGAGCCGCUGUUCCUUUGCGUCGAAAGGAGUCAGUUGAGGUGGUUUGGGCAUCUGGUAAGGAUGCCCCAUGUGCGCCUCUCUAGGGAGGUGUUUCAGGCACGUCCAGCUGGGAGGAGGUCUCGGGGAAGACCCAGGAUUAGGUGCAGAGAUUACAUCACCACACUGGCCUGGGAACGCCUCAAGGGGGUCGCACACCGAACGAGAAGCGCAGCGCAGCGCCGCGUCUAGAACAACUCACAGGUGUUCAGUGGACUGUUCAGAUGAUGUCAUGGACUCCACAAAGGAUCUCAGUGGACAGACAGACACAUUGAAGGUCAAGAGUGUCAUUCAUGGAGAAUCUCCUGAAUCCAGCUGUGUGUCCAUGAAGAGUGACCGGUCAAUGGAUCCUCCACUUAGAUUCAGUUCAGGAGCCCCUUGUGCUGAUGUGAGUCAACUCCAUAUGAAGAGAUCAGACUCACCGGAGCCCAGCUGUGUGUCCAUGAAUAGUGACUGGUCUAUGGAUAAGCCAAUUGAAUUAAAGGGUGAACACACAUCAACUGGUCUGAGUCAACUCCAUAUGAAGAGAUCAGACUCACCGGAGCUCAGCUGUGUGUCCAUGAAUAGUGACUGGUCUAUGGAUAAGCCAAUUGAAUUAAAGGGUGAACACACAUCAACUGGUCUGAGUCAACUCCAUAUGAAGAGAUCAGACUCACCGGAGCCCAGCUGUGUGUCCAUGAAGAGUGACCGGUCUAUGGAUAAGCCAAUUGAAUUAAAGGGUGAACACACAUCAACUGGUCUGAGUCAACUCCAUAUGAAGAGAUCAGACUCACCGGAGUCCAGCUGUGUGUCCAUGAAGAGUGACUGGUCUAUGGAUAAGCCAAUUGAAUUAAAGGGUGAACACACAUCAACUGGUCUGAGACAACUCCAUAUGAAGAGAUCAGACUCACCUGAGCCCAGCUGUGUGUCCAUGAAGAGUGACGCGUCUAUAGAUAAGCCAUUAUAUUUUAAGGGUGAAGACGCAUCAACUGGUCUGAGUCACUCGCAACAUGUUGAAGUCCAAAACACAUUCAAAUCCAAUAUGCUGAAGAAGUUUCAGUGUUUGCAUGAGGGAACAGCAAAGCAGGGAAACCCAACACUCCUGAAUGAGAUCUACACAGAGCUGUACAUCACAGAGAGUGAAAGAGGAGAGAUCAAUAAUGAACAUGAGGUGAGACAGAUUGAGACAGCAUCCAGGAGAGCAGAGACACAGGAAACACCAAUCAAAUGCAAUGACAUCUUUAAAGCCUUACCUGGACAAGACAAAGCCAUCAGAACUGUGCUGACUAAAGGAGUUGCUGGAAUUGGAAAAACUGUCUCUGUGCAGAAAUACAUUGUGGACUGGACUGAAGGAAAAGCAAAUCAGGAUGUUCACUUCAUAUUUCCACUUCCUUUCAGAGAGCUCAAUCUGAUGAAGCACAAAAAUAUCAGUUUGUUGAAUCUUCUUCAUCAGUUUUUCACAGAUACAAAAGAACUGAGAUCAACAUUCCUUGAUGACUACAAAGUCAUUUUCAUUUUUGAUGGUCUGGAUGAGUGUCGACUUCCUCUAGAUUUCCAGAACAAUUAUAUUUUGUGUGAUGUGACAGAAUCGGCCUCAAUGGAUGUGCUGCUGACCAACCUCAUCAAGGGGAAUCUGCUUCCUUCUGCUCUGCUCUGGAUCACCUCUCGACCAGCAGCAGCCAAUCAGAUUCCUCCUGAGUGUGUUGACCAGCUCACAGAUGUACGAGGCUUCAAUGACCCUCAGAAGGACGAGUAUUUCAGGAAGAGAAUAAAAGAUGAGCGACUGGCCAACAGAAUCAUCACACACAUGAAAUCAUCAAGAAGCCUGUACAUCAUGUGUCACAUACCAGUCUUCUGUUGGAUUUCAGCCACUGUUCUCCAGAGACUGUUGAGUGAAGCAGAGAGUGCAGAGAUCCCCAAGACUCUCACGCAAAUGUUCACACACUUCCUGAUCUUUCAGAGCAAACUGAAGAGCCAGAAGUAUGAUGGGAAAUGUGAGUUGGAUCUUCAGCAGGCUAGAAAGAGCAUUCUAUCUCUGGGAAAUCUGGCGUUUCAACAGCUGGAAAAAGGGAACCUGAUCUUCUAUGAGGAGGACCUGAGAGAGUGUGGCAUUGAUGUCAGAGAAGCGUCAGUGUACUCGGGAGUUUGUAACCAAAUCUUCAGAGAGGAGUUUGGACUGCACCUGGGGAAGGUGUUCAGCUUUGUGCAUCUGAGCAUUCAGGAGUUUCUCGCUGCUUUAUUCAAGUUUCUGCAAAACAAGUCAAGAAUGAGCGAUUUCCUGAAGAGUGAAGUGGACAAGGCCUUACAGAGUGAGAACGGACACCUGGACCUUUUCCUUCGAUUCCUUCUGGGUCUCUCACUGAAGUCCAAUCAGACAAUCUUACGAGACCUACUGUCGCAGACAGGAAGCAGCUCUGACAGCAAACAGGAAAUAGUUGAGUACAUUAAGAUGAAGAUCAGGGAGAAUCCCUCUCCAGAGAAAUCCAUCAAUCUGUUCCACUGUCUGAAUGAACUCAAUGAUCAUUCUCUAGUGCAGGAAGUACAAACAUACGUGAACAGAAGAGAUAUCAAUCGUCUCUCUGGAGUCCGUCUCUCUCCUGCUCAGUGGUCAGCUCUGGUGUUUGUGUUGCUGAACUCAGAAGAGAAGCUGGAUCAGUUUAAUCUGAGGAAAUAUGAUCCAUCACAUGAAUGUCUUCUGAGGCUGCUGCCGGUGAUCAAAGCAUCCAGAAAAGCUGAGCUGAUGGACUGCAAUCUGACAGAGAAAAGUUGUUCAGCACUGGCCUCAGUUCUCAGCUCAAACUCCUCAAGUCUGAGAGAGCUGUACCUGAGUAACAAUGACCUGCAGGAUUCAGGAGUGAAGCUGCUGUCUGAUGCACUGAAGAGUCCUCACUGUACACUGGAGAUACUGAGUUUUGCAGCUUGUAGAUUCAGUGGUCAGUGCUGUGAAAGUUUGUCUUCAGUUCUACAAUCAUCAAAAUCCCUGAGAGAGCUGGACCUGAGUAACAAUGACCUGCAGGAUUCAGGAGUGAAGCUGCUCUCUGAUGCACUGAAGAGUCCUCACUGUACACUGGAAAUACUGAGAAUUGCAGAUUGUAGAUUCACUGGUCAGUGCUGUGAAAGUUUGUCUUCAGUUCUACAAUCAUUCAAAUCCCUAAGAGAGCUGGACCUGAGUAACAAUGACCUGCAGGAUUCAGGAGUGAAGCUGCUCUCUGAUGCACUGAAGAGUCCUCACUGUACACUAGAAAUACUGAGAUUUGCUGCUUGUAGAUUCACUGGUCAGUGCUGUGAAAGUUUGUCUUCAGUUCUACAAUCAUCAAAAUCCCUGAGAGAGUUGGACCUGAGUAACAAUGACCUGCAGGAUUCAGGAGUGAAGCUGCUCUCUGAUGCACUGAAGAGUCCUCACUGUACACUGGAAAUACUGAGAUUUGCUGCUUGUAGAUUCACUGGUCAGUGCUGUGAAAGUUUGUCUUCAGUUCUACAAUCAUCAAAAUCCCUAAGAGAGCUGGACCUGAGUAACAAUGACCUGCAGGAUUCAGGAGUGAAGCUGCUCUCUGAUGCACUGAAGAGUCCUCACUGUACACUGGAAAUACUGAGAUUUGCAGCUUGUAGAUUCACUGAUCAGUGCUGUGAAAGUUUGUCUUCAGUUCUACAAUCAUCAAAAUCACUGAGAGAGCUGGACCUGAGUAACAAUGACCUGCAGGAUUCAGGAGUGAAUCUGCUCUCUGAUGCACUGAAGAGUCCUCACUGUACACUGGAAAUACUGAGAUUUGCAGCUUGUAGAUUCACUGAUCAGUGCUGUGAAAGUUUGUCUUCAGUUCUACAAUCAUCAAAAUCACUGAGAGAGCUGGACCUGAGUAUCAAUGACCUGCAGGAUUCAGGAGUGAAGCUGCUCUCUAAUGCACUGAAGAGUCCUCACUGUACACUGGAAAUACUGAGAUUUGCAGCUUGUAAAUUCACUGAUCAGUGCUGUGAAAGUUUGUCUUCAGUUCUACAAUCAUCAAAAUCCCUUAGAGAGCUGGACCUGAGUAACAAUAACCUGCAGGAUUCAGGAGUGAAGCUGCUCUCUGAUGCACUGAAGAGUCCUCACUGUACACUGGAAAUACUGAGAUUAUCUGGCUGUAUGGUGACAGAAGAAGGCUGUUGUUCUGUGGCAUUAGCUCUGAGAUCAAAUCUCUCACGCCUGAAAGAGCUGGUUCUGAGCUACAAUCACCCAGGAGAAUCAGGAGUCAAGCUGCUCAAUGAAAGACUCAACGAUCCAAACUGCACACUGGACAAACUUAAUGUGGAUCAUGGAGGAGAGUUCAGGAUUACAACAGGACUACACAAAUAUGUCUGUGAUCUCACACUGGAUUCAAACACAGCACACACUGAACUCAUUCUGUCUGAGGGGAACAGGAAGGUGACACAUGUGAGAGAGCGUCAGUCAUAUCCUGAUCAUCCAGAGAGAUUUGAUGAGUAUCGUCAGGUUCUGUGUAGAGAGAGUCUGACUGGACGCUGUUACUGGGAGACUCAAUGGAGUGGAGAUGGUGCUGAUAUAUCAGUGUCAUAUAAAGAAAUCAGCAGGAAAGGAGUGAGUCGUGACUGUGUGUUUGGAUUCAAUGUAAACUCCUGGAGUCUGAGGUGCUCUAAUAACAGAUUCACUGUCUAUCACAAUAAUAACAUCACUGUCAUGCAUCCCCCUUCACACGACUGUAAGAGAGUAGGAGUGUAUGUGGACUGUCCGGCCGGCACUCUGUCCUUCUACAGCGUCUCUGACACACACACACUCACACACUUAGACACACUCAUCACCACAUUCACUCGACCCCUCUAUGCUGGAUUUACAGUUUAUCUUGAUUCCUCAGUGUGUGUGUGUGAAAUUGAUCAUCAGAGACACACACACACAACUGGAUGAGUGAAAUAUACUCACUGUAUCUCACAUCAACACAACUCCAAACUCUUUCUAGAAAUCAUUUCAUCAAUGAAACUGAUUGAAUUCAAUACAAUGACAGUACUUUGUG